AUGGAUAAUACAUCUAUCGACAUGCAAGCUGAUAGACCGUCCAUGGUGCCUGAGACAGAUUCUGAGUAUCCGUUAGCGGAUCUCUGGAAUCAGAUCGUCAGCAGUCGACAACUCCAGCUUGAUGGCGAAUUCCCGGACCUGUUUGCUGAACUUCAGGCUGCAUCUGACUUCGGUAUUGAAAUUCCUGACGACCCGCUUCUUGAACCGGCAAUCAAAAACUUAGUUGUCUCUCCAGAUCAUCCCUUGUAUCCUUGGCCAUCGAAAGCGCAUUUCAUCACAUCUCUUUUGUUUAGCUCCCCACGCCUUCCAUUCUCUGAAGUUCAAAAGAAGGCGGUCUUGAGCUGGGCCAAGGAACUCGGUGUCCGAAAUCUUCCUUCGCUUGGCGCGAUGAAGAAAUGCCAAAGUCACCUGCAGUAUCUCGUUGGCGAUCCGACUGAAAAGGUCACGUCUCACUCCGGCAACACAUUCUACAUCAAUAAUAUUGCGAAAGCAAUUGCGAAGGACUAUGCUAAUCCUCUCACCCGCCUCGCGAUGCAGGACUAUCCGGAGGAUGGCGGAAAGGGCAUGUCGCAAGUAUUCAAUGGGAGGAAAAUGUUGCUCGAUCUCCCGUCGCCACCAGCGGUUCAGGUGAACAGGACCGUGUACUUCACGGAUGAAUUGUUGCAGGAGUCUUCGGGAGGUUAUUUCAUUCCAAACCGAUUCUUUCUAGCUGCUGGUGACACCCCCACUGAUACCACCGAAUCCUGCGAUAAAGCUGGGUUCAUUGUAAGUGACGAGGAGGAGAUCAUCCCUACAUCUAUGUUUACACGCUCGUUUGGAGACAUUGCUGCAACCUGUGGCGAGCUUGAUUGUGGGCUGACGGCAUCUUCCAUCAAGUACGCAUCACUUUCACCCAAUCCGCUGCGAGAAAAGUCGAAAGGUCGAAUGGUGUAUUCCGUUCCCUUAAUCAUUUUUAUGGAUGACGUUUCAGGCAAUAUCUCGAAGCAGUGGAACAAGCAUCACGCUAUAUACAUGUCCAACACAAAUUUGCCUCGCGAGAUGCUCGAAAAGGAAUUCUUUGUGCGAUUUGUUUCGUCCUCUCCUCAUGCUCCGCCCAUGGAAUUGAUGCGGGCCAUGAGAGAAUCCAUCUCUGAUGCAGCACAAUCUGGCGUCAUCGUGUGGGAUUGCAAGUACAACGAGGAGGUUAUGCUCAUUCCAUAUGUGCUAUUUCUCGCUGGAGAUAAUCCGAUGCAGGCUGAAGAAUGUAGCCACGCGGGCCUCAAUUGCAACUAUUUCUGCAGGACAUGCAAGGUUGGUGGAACAAAAGAGUACAAGGAAUCUGAAGCUGGCUACAACACCAUUUUUACGUCAGGCAAUCUACGAACCCCUGAGAAGACACUUCAAGAGAUUCAACAACAGUUCGAAACUGCCUUCAAAUCAGGCGCCAUGACCAAAAUCCAGAACUCCGUUUCAUUGACUGGUGUGCGAGAUUCGAGUUCAGCCUUGAUUCUCAGUGCGUUGGUCGAACUUGGAAAGAAGCUUCGAAAACGUACUGCGGGAUCACAAGCUCUGCCCGAAAAUGAAGUCGAAGUCGCCCUUCGAAAAGAAUUCGAAGAACUCUUGAAAGGCGGACAACUCGAUGACAUUAUCAAUCCCCUACUGGGAACGGAUGGGUUGGAUAUUCAUAUGGAUACUCCUACUGAAAUCCUUCAUACAAUACUUCUGGGCGUCGUCAAGUAUUUUUGGGGGCAGACAGUGUUUCUUCUCGAGAAAGCGAAGUUCCUCCACAUCUUCCAGUGUCGGCUCGAGUCCAUUGACAAAGACGGCCUCAACGCUCCCUGCCUGAACGCAGACUAUAUCUGCCACUAUAAAGGUAGUUUAAUUGGCAAGCAUUUCAAAAGUUUGGUGCAAGUUAUGCCAUUCAUCAUUCACGACCUUGUUCCUCUGCCGAUCCUCAAUGCCUGGACAGUGAUUGGUGAACUCGUCGUGCUUGUCUGGCAUACAAAAAUUACAGAUACGGAAGCAUAUCUUGCAAUACUGUCUCGAACCAUCGAAGAUUUCUUGAAUGUCACGACACAAUGUGCACCGAGCAUCCUGAUAAGCAAACCAAAGUUUCAUUUCCUCGUCCAUCUUCCUGCGUACAUUCGGCGUUUCGGCCCUGCGAUUGUUUUUUCAACUGAGCGAUACGAGUCAUUCAAUCAUGUAUUCCGUUUAUCGUGCAUCCAUAGCAACCGACAGGCGCCAAGUAGAGAUACUUGCAGGAUCUUUUCACACCAGGACACGGUCAAACAUAUCGCUACUGGCGGAUACUGGUAUGAUCCCACAGUCAAGAAAUGGGUCUGUGCGGGAGUACAGGUUCUAUGUUACCUUGACGAACAUCCUGAACAAGCAAAGCUUCUUGGCAUACCGAAUUCGAGUCAUAAUCCUCCAAUACCUGGUUCAGGAAAAAUUGAAACCACUACUCCCACUGCGACACAAAAGUCAGUGCGAAAAGACGUGGUCCCGUGGAGCACUACUUGUUGUGCGAAGAUUCUUGGGACUGCUCGGCCCGGAAUCGAGCUUUAUCAGGCCAAGUCAGUUGUAACAAGCGAGGGAGAACAUGCGAGCUUGAAUAGUCAUGUUAUUUUCCGACAGCCGGUGGACAGGAAGUUGUAUAUUGGACGUAUUCGCGAGAUUCUCGUAUCAUCCCAGGACAGUCAAACCGCAGAUCAUGUUGCGCUCCAGCUCUUCACAUUUGCAGCUGCUCUGCACCCAUCUCUCCACCUGCCGUGCAUUGAUCUUACCAACAACGAGACAGUUUCAACUGGUAUAGACAUCAUUUGUGCUGUCAAUAUUCAACAUAAUUGCCUUGAUUCACAGUGCACGGACAUCCAACAACAACCUGUACAUCAAGAACGGAUAGAGACCUCUCGAACGAAGGCCACAGUCAAACACAAGUCCACGCCAAACUUUUUUCUCAAUGUCUAUUCCGUGCAUAACUAUGCUCACAUCCAACAUGUUGUUCCCGAUACGCUUCAAGAGACACCACUUCGGGUUACCAAUGCAGCUGAAGUCCGCGCUAUGGCCAUACGCCAACUACGAGACAAGAGAGCAGCGAAGAAAGGUGGAGAUACGUCUCAACUGGCAGGUAGUGGCGAGGGUAUGGACGCUCAGCCAUCUUUAGCGCCACCUUCUGCCUUUGAUCAUGCUCCGGCUAAACCACGGAAGUCUGCACCUAAAGCCAAAGCAAAACCAGCCAAAGCAAGCGCAAGUGGCUUGAGUGUGCAGGGAAAAAGGAAGACGGCACCUACUCAGCAAAAUUCGGAAGCAUUGAUGCAACAUCAAAUCGUCUUUACACCACCAAUGGGACCUCCGCAACAUGUUUACUCACAGGCACUCCAGCCACCCCAUCCUCCACAUCAUUCUUUCCCUCCACCUCUGCCAAUUCCUUCUCUUCCGCCCUUACAUUCGUCGCCUCCACUCCACCAAUCGCCACCCCCGUUGUAUUGCCCUCCCCCACAGUCAUAUUUCCCCUCUCAAUUCCAUGCUCCGCCAUCUCUACCUGCUCAUCAUAUUCACCCAACUCAUCGGCAAACACAAAACGUGCAGGGCACCCCAAUGGAUCCACUUUCUGCAGUGCAGGCCUCUAAUCGCUAUAUGACCUUGACGCCUCGCUUUCCUUCUGACCAUCCACAGCCCCGGCAUACUGGCUCUAUCUCUGGACCCUCCAGCUCUUCUCGUGCCCCACCAUUACACCAAUUUCAACCCUUCAUGUCUCCAGCACACCACCCGCCACAUAAUGUUGAAGGCCGCUUCCCACAGCCUCACUCAGGCUAUCCUCCCCAAGAAUCUCAGGCUCGAUAUCUGCAGAGUCAGCACUACUACCCUCAGUUUGGUGCACCAUAUCCUGGCGGAAUGUGA